AUGGCCUCGUCAUCCGAUAAGCUCGCCACCGUGGCAGCCAUCGACACGCUGGCACAGACCAGCCUCCUCCGCCCCAACCCUCGCCUAGAGCACGCCCUGGAGAACUCAAAGGCCAAAGGUCUACCGCCCAUCGCUGUGUCGCCCCUGACCGGCCAGUUCCUUGCGAUCCAGUGCCAGCUCAUUGGCGCGAAGAACGUGCUCGAGGUCGGCACCCUCGGCGCCUACUCGACUAUCUGGAUGGCCGAGACGGGCGCCAAGGUGACCAGCCUCGAGAUCGAUCCCAAGCACAAGGAGGUGGCGCUUGAGAACGCCAAGGAUCUCGACGUCGAGGUUCUGCUCGGCCCGGCGCUUGAGACCAUGCCCAGGCUCGCGCAGGAGGGACGCCAGUUCGACCUCGUGUUCAUCGACGCCGACUGGGGCGAGCAGUGGGAGUACUUUGACUGGGCGGUCAAGCUGACGAGGAAGAAGGGCCUGAUCUACGUGGACAAUGUCGUCAGGGAGCUUCUCGAGAGCGACAAGCUGACGGCAGACAAGGAGUCGCUUGUCACACAGGUCGGCAAGGAUGACAGGGUCAAGGCUACGCUGCUGACAUCGGCUUCGUCGCACAAAGGUCGGGCUGACGAGAUGUUUGACGGAGUGCUUCUGGCAGUCGUGCAGUAA